AUGAUUCAAAGACCAUUUGCACUACUGAUUACUAGGGCCUAUCGUACAACUUCUACGGAUGCCUUAAAUGUGCUUGCUGGACUACUUCCUUUACACAUUAGAAUUGAAGAAGAGGCAGCUAGGCAAACAUUGAAGCAAUUAAGUCAAAUUACUCAAUACAAAGAUGAGAUUUAUAACCCCUCGGAUUAUGAAGGAUCUCUAAUUAAUGUUCAAAUACAUCCAGCCAAGAAAGGAAUUGGAGUCCGCAUACUGCACCAAAACGCAACAGAUCCAGAAGUUAAAGUAUGCCUAUAUACAGAUGGAUCGAAAAUUGAUAAUGGCGUAGGAAGUGCAUUUGUUGCAGUCGCUAACCAAAACAUUCUACAUACUUGGCAAGGGCACUUGCAUGAAAAUAAUACUGUCUUCCAGAGCGAAAUGUUGGCUAUAAAAGAAGCAUUAACUUACCUAGUAGAACAGCGUCAUAAUAGAGCUAUCAUAUUUACUGACAGUUUAUCCUCGAUACAUGCGAUCAAUAAUCCCGAUCACUCUUCUCCCAUUGUAACUGCAAUACAAAAGAUACUAAGGGAAAACUACAAUAGCCAAUAUUUCCUCAAAUGGGUCAAAGCGCAUGCAGGUCAUGCAUGGAACGAAUUUGCUGAUACUUUAGCAAAGCAAGCGGCUGAAAAUCCUACAGAACACAAUAUAAGGUACGACUUUCUUAAAGGUACAAAAUGGUUAGGACCUUCAUUGGAUAAGAAGUUAUCUGCAUUCACGUUUGAAAUAGUUAAAAGAUGGUAUUUACGAAAUGAAAUAGAACCUUCAAAGAAAGCUGUGCUGAUAACAGGAUGUGAUAGGGGAUUUGGCUAUUACUUGGCGAAACGUUUCGACUCCAGAGGAUUUCAGGUGUUUGCCUGUUGUCUCUUUCCCAUGGGAGAGGGUGCUUCUGAAUUGAAGAACAGCUGUUCCGAAAGACUUCAUGUGUUGGGGCUUGAUGUUACAAGUGAUGACAGCGUUAAAGAGGCUUCGAUAUAUGUUAAAGAAAACUUAGGCACAUCUGUUCUUUGGGCUAUUGUGAAUAAUGCUGGCGUUUAUAAAGGCAACAAUGCUGAAUUGUCCUCCAUGGAAGAUUAUAAAGAUACCAUGGAAGUGAACGCCUUUGGACUAGUUAGAGUUACAAAAGCAUUUUUACCGUUAUUGAGAUGUUCCAGAGGCAGAGUUAUAAAUUUAACUAGUAUGGCAGGUAAAUUAGCUAGUCCACAUUUAACUCCAUACACCAUGAGCAAACAUGCUGCACAGGCUUUCAGUGACUGUCUAGCUCAGGAAAUGGAGGCCUGGGGAAUUAAAGUGAUUUCCGUCCAACCAGAGUUUUUCAGGACUCCGAUUACAAAUCCCAAAACAAUUGAAACACAGAUAUUAAAGGAAUUUCAAAGGUUGCCUCCGAAGAUAAGGAAAGAGUAUGGAGAAUUUUAUUUAGAGGAUCUGAGAAGACGUGUAGCAUCAAUUUUUAAGUUUUCGUCACCAAAGGUUAGCACUGUGAUCGACGCUUUAGAGUCCGCAGUAAUUCUGAAGCAUCCAGACACAUCAUACGCAUGCUACAGAAACGUACUUUUUGCUGUUGGUUUCUGCAUAAUUUUAAAUGUACCUACAUCAUUUCGCAAUUUCAUAAUUGAAAUAUGUUACACGUUAUUACAUGGGCGCCUUAGGCGACCUAUGAACUUCAGAAAAUUUCUUAUGUAGAAUCUUUUGGUUAUUUUAUUGGAAGAUACAUGCAUACAAAAAAAUAUGCAUAUGUUUACUGUUGACCUGUUUUAAACAUAGUAGUAGAGUGUAACAAACGUAUAUACGAUACCUCAAUACUGGAAAGUGAGGACAUUUCUCGUAUGAAGUGGUCACCGUAUUCUUCUGACCUUAAUUCCAAUGAAAAUCUUUGGGAUGCCCUUUGGUCUCGGCAUGUUUACCAUCUACAGACAGUCUCAGACAGUUGCAAUCUGCACUAAUGGAGGAAUGGUCAUUGUUAGAAUCUGCGAUUGUUGAUUACCUCAUUAAUAUCCUGAACAAUCACUGUAAAGUUUGCGUGAAAGUCCGAGAUGAUCAAAAGCAUAUCCUAAAUGAUCGCAACAGAAUGCCUAGAAACUGUAGCGUUGGUUCUAGAAUUACUGAUAAUUCUACUAGAAGGUGAUUCUAUUAAGUACCAAUGGAAAGGACAUCUUGACACUAAAAAUAGCACAUUCCUAGAGAAAGCAUUAGUUAUUACUUAAGUAUCUGGACACAGUGUAAUAAUAUAUCCGCACAUUUGCAAUUUAAGAUUAUUUAGAGACACAACCAUUAAUUCACCAUAUUCGGUGUUAAGAAACAGCAAAAGAAUUCAUGUCGAUAUGUGUUCGAUAAAAGCUCACACUUGAUCACAUUGCAAUGAAUUGGUGGAUCAGCUGGCAAGAGAGGCAGCCCAAUAUUAUAAUGCAGAAAAAUCUUUCAUUUGUUGUCCUUGCUCAUAUCUUAUAAAUACCUCUUGACAUUUUUAUUGAAAAAUUACAAAAAGUGCUAAGUAUUUCAAAAACAAUAGCCGUAUUACGUAUUUGUAAACAGGGAAAACAUGCAUUUGAUUGCCUAUUAACUGCUGAUGUAAACUGUAAAAUCCCGAUACCUCAAUUUUCAGGAUACUUAUCAGGAAAUAGGUAACAGUGAAAGCAGGUCCGGAUACCAGAGCGGAUUGCUUAGACUAAUCGUGUAUCGUUCGGAUCCCGGAACUAUCUAUCUAGAGUUACACUCCGAAAUCAAAACAGUACAUUGCCAUAUAAGGGCAAAUUAUCAGUUUUUUCUGUAUGCAGAAUUAAACAUUCACCUGAUUUCUAUGGUAAUAAGAACUGUUUAUCGUACUUUUGGUAUACAAACUACCAAUACCAAAAUAAUCAUAUAAAAACUAUCAAAUAGUAAAACUAACGAAAAAAGUGUCUGAAAGAGCUUAGAUUUUAAUCAUCGCUCAAAAGAUCGUUUAGAGUUUAAUAUGGUUUAUCAGUAGGGAUUAUCGAUAGAGAUGACCCAAAUGGAAUAGCAAAACAUUUUAUAGGAUAUUAGAUGAAUAUGCAUUUAUAUUAAUAUUCGAACAUUAUAUAUCUACUGUAUAAUUUAAAACGAAAAAAAAAUAAUUUAAAAAGCGAAGAAAUAUAUAAUGUAAUUCUAUAAAAUGCAAUUAAAUUAUGUUUUAAUAAAGUUUUCAUUAA